AUGCGGGGUACCAGGAACAUCUCGAUGGGCCAACGACGAAAGCCCGUGUUUGACGCCCGAACUACGGGAAACUCCACAGACGAUGACAAGAUAGUCGCAUAUUUGGAUGCCUGCCUUCCAGCUCUUCCUCGGGACACCAUCAUGCGUUCUUCCUUCUCAUUACUUGUGUUGCUCGCCAUUCUCCAGGGCACUGUAGCCAGGAGAACAUGGGACGAAGCUUAUGACCUAGCCAACAAUGUGGUGAGCCAGAUGACCUUGGACGAGAAGUUGGGAAUCGUCAGGGGCACAGGCCAACUCAACCCUAACCGUCGUUGUGUUGGUGAUACCAAGGCUGUUCCCCGACUGGGCAUCCCGUCAAUCUGUUUCGCAGAUGGCCCCGCAGGAAUGCGUCUCGUAAAAGAGACGACCGGCUUCCCUACUGGCAUUAACGCCGCAGCAACCUUCAGUCGUCGCCUCAUGAGAGAGCGUGGUGAGGCUUUGGGUCGGGAGUUCCGAGGCAAAGGAUCACACGUAUUCUUGGGCCCAUCCGUGGACGUUAUGAGGAACCCCAAGGGAGGCCGUGCUUGGGAAGCCUUUGGUCCUGAUCCUUAUCUGAACGGAGAAGGCGCUUAUGAGACUAUCAUGGGCGUCCAGAGCGUUGGAGUUCAAGCCUGCAUCAAGCACCUCAUCGGCAAUACCCAGGAGCACUGGAGAUAUGGUUACAGCGCCAACAUGGACGACAGAACACUUCACGAGAUGUACUUUUAUCCAUUCCUUCGAAGUAUUGAGGCAAGCAGGGAACCUCGCCGACGUCUCGUCCGUCAUAAUGCGGGUCUUUUGGGCGAUAAUGGUAUUUUGCGCAAGGCGGGUUUCAAGGGAUACGUCGUCAGCGAUUGGGGUGCAACGCACGAUUCUGCAGAAGUGAACGCGAACAAUGGUUUGGACAUGGAGCAACCCGGCGAUUACAUCGUGGUCGGAGGAGGCGUCUUUGGUGGGCUCAAGGACGCAGUCAACAAGGGACGGGUUUCCCAGAGACGUCUCAACGAAAUGGUCGCGCGAAUUCUUGCUCCUUGGUACUACCUCGAACAAGAUUCUCCUGACUAUCCUGAGACCAAUUUUGACGUUCAACGACGCGAUGGAUCUGGCCCCAAGAACCUUCGGGUCAACGUUCGCUCCGAAGAACACACCGCCCUCGCCAGGGAGAUUGCCUCUGCUUCUUCAGUCCUGUUGAAGAACGCCCGCUCCACCACCGACGGUACCCCUUCCGGAAUCACUACGCGCGGCUUGCCACUCUCUAAAGACAGAAUCAAGUCGAUCGCUGUCAUUGGUCAAGAUGCCCGUCAGCUGAACCAGAAUUGUUCGGAAAUGGGUGAAUGUAACGAUGGCACCAUGGUCGUUGGCUGGGGUUCUGGCUCUAUCAACUUUGAUCAUGUCGUCCCUCCCAUCGACGCCAUCAAGUCUUUCACCAGUGACACUGCUACCAUCACUGAGUCUCUAACGAACAACUUGGAUGACGGUGUGCGGGCUGCGCGAGGCAAGGAUGCUGCUCUUGUCUUUGUGAACGCAGCGAGCGGUGAACUUGCCUUCUACACCGUCGUCCACGGAAACAUGGGUGACAGGAAUGACCUUGACCUUUGGUGGAGGGGUGGUAGCUUGAUCGAGCGUGUAGCUGCUGUCAACAACAACACUAUCGUCGUCGUUCAUUCUGUUGGACCCGUCUACAUGCCCUGGAGCACCCAUCCUAAUAUCACUGGUAUCAUUUACGCUGGCGCCCCUGGAGAGCAGACUGGACCUUCGAUCGUCGACAUCCUCUACGGAAACUACAACCCCAGUGGCAAGCUUCCUUUCAGCAUUGCCGAUAACGAAGCUGCAUACGGAACGACCAUCGUUUACAACAGCCUUGGCUUCCCGGACAUCGACUUCACUGAGAAGCUCCUCCUCGACUACCGAUACAUGGAUGAGAAGAACAUCCGCCCACGCUUCGAAUUCGGUUUCGGUCUCUCCUACACCACCUUUGGAUACUCCAACCUCGCUAUCACUCGUGAUGGCCCAGGAUUCCAGGUUUCGUUCACUGUGGCCAACACUGGCGCAUUUGCUGGUGCUGAGAAGCCUCAACUCUAUCUUGCUUACCCUCCCAAUGCUGGCCAGCCUAAGAAGGUUUUGCGUGGAUUCGAAGAGGCUAUUUUGGAGGUUGGUGCUAGCACCCGUGUCACUAUCAACCUUAGCGAGCGCGAUAUGAGCGUUUGGGAUGUUCCCAGCCAAAGCUAUGUCCGCCUCCCGGGUGUUUACACGAUCUACGUGGGUGCCUCGUCGCUCGAUACCCGUCUGCAAGGAACCGUCACUAUCUAA